AUGCUGAAGCUCUCGAGGAUCCUGGCGAGCGCGAAGCCCGACGGCUUCACUGGCUGCUCCAAACGUCGCAGCCAUCGGAUGCUCGAGAGGUUCCAACAAUUAGAGAUCCCACACACCUUCCCCAAGAUGCCGUGGAUCAUGGCCAAGCGGAUUGUGGCCAAGCGCAUCGCCAAACGAGCGGAGGGUGGCGUUCAGUCACAAGACCAUCCCUGCUCCAAGGCCUUCGAUGCCUUCUUGGCAUGCGUCAGGCGCUACCCGGAGUCCUAUGAAAACAAGUGCCGCACAGAGGCGGGAAAAUGUCUGGCGUGCUUGAAGCAGAACGAGGGUUGGAAGCUUCAGAUGAGGCACAAUUUUAUGCCGUACCUGGAGCAUUUCCGCUUGUUUCAGGAAGGCACGCAGAGCAAGGAAGAAGGGAUUGGCCGCUUCCUUUACACGGAAGACACGCCCAGGACGCACGGCAAGGGAUCGGUGCUGACCUUCAAGUCCUCGGAGAAAGAGACCAGAAGUGCUUCUGGCAGCCCGAAAGCAGGCAGCUCCAUGGGGUCCGGCAGCGCGGGAGGCGCGCGGAGCCAUGCGGAGGCGGUGGGCAUGGCAUGGAAGAUGUCAAGCACUGACAACUUUGACCUGUCCCAGCAUUGGCUUGCCAGCAGGGUGCAUGGGGUGCGUGAGGGUCUCAUCUGGGCGGAGAAUGACACAGAGAUCCUGCAGCCCUUGCAGAAGAAGGGUUUGGAGGAUGUCUUUCGAAUGAUGGAGGACAAGUACAGCUUCAAAGUGGGUCUCCAGCGAGCCUUGGAGGAGGCCCGAGAGAAGAAAGAAGGACUGUGCCCACGGAAAGGGAAAUGGAAGCAGAUGGGCUGCGCACCAUUCAGGACGGAGCUGGCAGCGCUGAAGUGCAAUUGCCGGCCCUACCUGGGCAUACUGGCACGCGAGUGCGUGAACCACACGGAGAUCUAUGGCGAUUUCGAGGACAAGCUGGAGUAUCGCACCGCUCGGCAGCUCUAUGCCGGGAAAUGUGAGUUCAGCAAGCAAUUCCAUGAAGCAGCGUUGGCGCUGGUGCUGGUGAUCAUCGUUAGCACCGCUCUUUGGUGUGUGCUGAGUGGCCGAGCAGCUAACGAGCUGGAUGAACCCGAAGAGGAGGGGCAAGCUCAGCAGCUCGAUGCUGAAGAGGGCCAGCAACGCGAAGAAGAUGAGAUGCGCCAGCGAGAUGAGAAGCGACGAGGGGAUUUGUUCAGCGACUUGGUGAGGGACAGCAAGAACCUCCAUGCGCUGGCGAUGAAGAUCAGCGCGUUGCCACCACCUCCGAACUCGGAAGCCUUCACGCCCAUCAAGAGCAACAUCUAUCGAUAUUGGGCGUUGGGCGGAAAGAAGCGAAGCUGGUUACACUACCUGGGCCUCAGGUUUGUGCUGGUCAUUCAGCUCCUGGCGCCACUGGCGAUCCUGCGACAAGGCUUCUACCGCUACAAUUGGUCCAGCACUGAGAUACACUUCGUGAACUACGUUUAUGGAGACUUAACCUAUGGAGGUUCUCACGUUUUGGGACGUGUCUUGGAAUUUGCCUUCACCUAUUGCAUCGGCCUCCACUGCCUCUCCAUCAUCAAGAAGGCUUCGACCGAGAAUUCGAUGCUGUCCUCUCUGUUCGAUGAGUUGAGGCGGCAGAAGGACGCGCGUGAUGCCGGAACUGGAAGCCGCGAGAGCUAUGUGAGCCGCUGGUCCCAGACAUGCCUCUUCCUGGAUUGCGCAAUGAUCUGCUAUGUGAUUCUGGUGGGAUUGGUGGAUAUGGUCCUGGUGUUCACCAUGUCUGAAGGUCCCAAGGACAUUUGCUUUGACUCGUUGGGACUUCUCUUCAUCUUCCAUCUCCAUGAGGUGGAUGGUGGGCUCUCUUUCGUGUCUGUCAAGGACUUCAAUCAGGACCGCAUCGGAGAGCUGUGCCACCGCCUCGCGGAGUCCACGGAGCGGGACGUGGCGGAGGGAUCCUUCUCCUCGUCCGAGCGGCGGACGGUGGCCGAGACGAAGCGGCUCAAGUUCUUGGCGCAGCAGCGGAUCAAACAGCGCUCGGCGCUCUUCUUUGUGACAGAGAUGGCUAUCUACAUCAUUUUGUUCUUGGUUCCUGUGUUCCAGCUCUUCGUCCAAGAUGGGCUGCAAGGGCGCAGCACUGGCACUGAUCAAGGCACCCUAGGGGCUCACAUCGUACAGGAUGAGGCCUUGAUCUACAACGCCCUCAAGAAGCUUCCGCAGUCGUGA